UAUCAAAUAUCAUAAUCUGACAUAUUACACAAAUGUCAAAAAAUUUCGGAUACGACAAUCAAAUAUAAUCGUAAGAAAAAAAUUCGUAUUUCGUGUCUUCGGAUAUCGGAUCUGUGAAAAUUAGCCUUUACAGGGACAUACUGUAUAUGCAUUUGCCCGAUGUGGGAAGGACGAUCCGAUGACGAUCAUAUUUUUGUUGGAACGGAUUUUGUUUACUGCGCAGGAGCGUUACCGUUUCGUGACGGUUCUCGGUCGUGUUGGAAUAAACCUAUGAUCAACCAAAAAAGAUGUAUUUGGUGAUAGUUCUAGUGACUUUCUUGGGUGUGAAUCAGACUUUUUAGUUACUCCUCUUGGUUUAAAAACAAAGCUUAGUUUCUGUGAAACUGAGACCUUUAUAAAAAGUAAUUCGUGAAUGAUUUCCUGCAUGGGCAAAGAUAGAGUGGAAGAACUAUGUGAAUGUUGGGUGCAUGGGGUGCAUGUGCAUGGUGAUUUGUGACUAGCCAACUGCUAGCCAAUCCAACACAAGCUGUCAAGUGUCAAGGAGACAAACUCAAAACUUCAAAACGGCAUUUUUACAUUUUUGUUUUAACGGCGUUUGCGGGUGUAAAAUUAUUAUUGGAAUACAUAAAAUCAACUGUAAUUAAAUGGAAAUGGAAAUAAAGCAAGAAAUUAACGAGGAAACGUGUAAAAUAGAAAUAGAGUAUAAUGAUUUGGAUGAGUUGAAAUGUGAAAUUCAAGAUGAAUCCAAUAGGCAAAGUACUCAUGAUGCAUAUUCUUUAGAUUUGAAGAAUUGUCCUAUAACUACUGAGAUAGAACAACAUGGAAAUAAACUUAAUCCAUUUGAAAAAAGCCAAGAAGCUGAAAAAGGUUAUCUCGGAGAUGAAAAUAAAAUGGAAAUUAAGGAGAAAAUUAUUGAAGAUUCAUCUUUCAAAGGAAAUGAUACUACUCGACACACUCGAGGGAAAACAUUAGAUAAAAAUUGGAAAGUUCUGACUGAAAAAAGACCAUACAAGUGUGAAAUUUGUUUUAAGCAGUUUAGCGAAAGGAGUCCUUUGAAAAUGCAUUUAAUAGUGCACACUGGAGAAAAAUCCUACAAGUGUGAAAUUUGUUUUAAACAGUUUGGUAGAGCAGAUAAUUUCAAAAGACAUUUGAGAGUGCACCUUGAGGAAAAACCAUACAAGUGUGAAAUUUGUUUUAAACAGUUUAGUGGAGCAGGUGAAUUCAAAAAACAUUUGAUAGUGCAUACUAGAGAAAAACGAUACAAGUGUGAAAUUUGUUUUCAGCAAUUUAUUCAAGCGAGUAAUUUUAAAGCACAUUUGAGAGUGCACACUGGGGAAAAGCCAUACAAAUGUGAAAUUUGUUUUAAGCAGUUCACUAGAGCAAUGAGUUUGAAACACCAUAUGAGAUCGCAUACUGCAGAAGAAACACCUUACAAGUGUGAAAUUUGUUUUAAACAGUUUGGUAGAGCAGAUAAUUUGAAAAGACAUUUGAGAGUGCACACUGGAGAAAAACCAUACAAAUGCGAAAUUUGUUUUAAGCAGUUUAGUGGGAAAUUUGAAUUUAAAAGACAUUUGAGAGUGCAUACUGGAGAAAAACCUUACAAAUGUGAAAUUUGUUUUAAGCAGUUUAGUGAAGCAGGUCAUUUGAAAGAGCAUUUAAGAGUGCACACUGGAGAAAAACCUUACAAGUGUGAAAUUUGUUUUAAGCAAUUUUCUUUUAUAAGUAGUUUGAAAAACCAUAGGAGAACACAUACUGGAGAAAAACCAUUUAAGUGUGAAAUUUGUUUCAAACAUUGUAGUGCAGCAGAUUCUUUGAAAAAACAUUUAAGAGUGCACACAGGAGAAAAACCCUACAGGUGUGAAAUUUGUUUUAAGCAGUUUAUUCAAGCAAGUCAUUUGAAAAGGCAUUUGAGACUGCAUACUGGAGAAAAGUCAUCCAAGUGUGAAAUUUGUUUUAAAUGGUUUAUUAGAGCAGAUCAAUUGAAAACACAUUUGAAAGUGCAUACUGGAGAAAAACCAUACAAGUGUGAGAUCUGUUUUAAACAAUUUUCUGUUAAAAGUAAUUUGAAUAGACAUUUGAGAGUGCACACUGGAGAAAAAUGUUAGAAGUGUGAGAUUCGUUUUACUUAACCCCUUAGAGCCAGCACAUACGAUGAAACGCAGAUGUAACGAAACUGCAUACUUCAGUUACUUUUGAGUUUCAUUUGAGUUUGAGUUCAUGCCAUAGAGAGACCACACAUGAUGAAACCAUUUUGACUGUUUCAAACCGUCAGUUUAAAACGCAUACCGAUCAUAUGGCCAUUACUCAUAUUAUUAUUAUUAUUCUUUUCUGGAUAUAUUUAACUUUGCUGUAUGCAUUACAAUCAUACUAUUACUACUUAUAAGUUCUAUUUGGUGAAGGGUUGUUAUUUGACCCAGGACUGAGUUGUACUCUCAGAGUUCGCCCCCGAUACGUUCUGACAUUAGUUAUGUCUGUUGCUAUUAGAGUUUAUAUGUUUAAUUUAAGAAAGAACUAGGAUUUGACUUUAAAAUAAAAACUUCUUUUAUUAUUCAACAACAUUAAUUUUUUACCAACAACCUACUUAUAUUUUUUUAUAUGUCAUUUCUAUCUUCUUUUUCUAUCUUCUUUUUCUCAUAAAAUAACAAACUGUUGUCAAAUAAAAUAUGCUACUCUAUACUCGAUGCUAAAAUUCGUUUUCUGUGUUUUUCUUGUAUUGCGACCAGAUCAGUAUCGUUAUUCUUUAAUAGUCUGUAUAGAAUUUGACAUUUUGUUCUACUUAUACUUUUUAUUUUUAAUUGGCAAACUUUACAUUGGGUCCUAUUUCUUUUGUAAUUUGUUCCUUGGAAAGUCCAUUCAGUAACUGUGUCAUCUUUAAUUAUUCUAAAAAAAACUGCGAUAUACUUAUGCCAGGAGAUCUUUGGAAAGAUUGUCUGGCGCCUCUUGUGCUAGUUCUUUAGUUUACCCUGGGUGCGCGUGUAGUAUUACCUGUUUACGCGAACUAGCGUUACACCCCCUUUAAGGACCGGUUGUUCGAACGCUAAUCAAGAAUGAUCACUAUCAAAUAUUUAAUUACUGUCACAACUGUCAAUGUCAACUUUGGUUUCGUUGCU